AGGUUAGUUCAUAUGUUAUGUACAGUAGUUAGGGUGUUUAAACGACAGGUGUUUUAAUACAUUGACACUGUAUACACCUGUAUUAUAUAUACAAUACCACCAGCCAGACAGUUGCACCAUAUAUUGAAACUGGAUAAUAUACCACUACUUACCUUCAGAUAUGAUUUAUAUCUUGGGUUAGGAAAUUUGAACUAUCUACAGUUUGUUGUAAGUGAGCAUACAUAUUAAGUACAAUAAGGAUUAUGUGAUUCUUUCUAACUUAGAGUUGUGUUAAUUUCAGAUAAAAGCAUUCUGAUAUUUGACAUUUACAGUUGGAUCUAACUGCUAUCUAUAUGUACAUGUACAGUAAAAGGAGAAUAAAAACUGUUUUAUAUUAACUACAACUGUGUGUAUUCUAAAGUGAUACUGUUACUUAAAAAUUUUGACAAAUUUUGGGAUUUGAAUAAAUGUCUUGAUGGAUAAGCGCUUUUCGGGAAGGUCUACAGAAGUAUUCACAUUAGAUUUAUCCGAUUCAGAAUCAGUUUGUACCGAUGAUUCUCUUUCAAGUCCAGAUGAAGAGAAUGGUGGUCAGGGCUUUACUUAUGAAAAUGAUCCAGAUAUGGAAACAAUAGAAUUAACAGAACAAACAGUUAAUCCUGGACAGUUAAAAGCCGGACCACAUGAUUUUGAAUUGUUAAAAGUUUUAGGAAAAGGUGGAUAUGGAAAGGUCUUUCAAGUACGAAAAAUCUCCGGUCAAGAUGCCAGUAAAAUAUUUGCCAUGAAAGUUUUAAAGAAGGCUACAAUAGCCAGAAAUGCCAAAGACACAGCUCAUACCCGAGCCGAAAGAAAUAUAUUAGAGGCUGUCAAGCAUCCAUUUAUAGUUGAUCUGAUGUACGCCUUUCAAACGGGCGGUAAAUUAUAUCUGAUUCUAGAAUACCUCCCAGGUGGAGAACUUUUUAUGCAAUUAGAAAGGGAGGGAAUUUUUAUGGAGGACACUGCCUGUUUUUAUUUAUCGGAAAUCACAUUAGCUAUUGAACAUUUACAUGCCCAGGGAAUUAUAUAUAGAGAUUUAAAACCAGAAAAUAUAUUACUGGAUGCUCAAGGUCAUGUGAAAUUAACAGAUUUUGGUUUAUGUAAAGAAUCUAUUAACGAAGGCACCGUAACUCACACUUUUUGUGGUACCAUAGAAUAUAUGGCACCUGAGAUUUUAACAAGAAGUGGGCAUGGUAAAGCUGUUGAUUGGUGGAGUCUAGGAGCUUUAAUGUAUGAUAUGUUAACAGGAGCUCCUCCAUUUACGGCCGAAAAUCGUAAAAAGACAAUAGAUAAGAUUUUAAAGGCCAAGUUAAAUUUACCUCCAUAUCUGACACAUGAAGCCAGAGCGCUUAUUAAACGAUUAUUACGUAAAUAUCCAGGUGAAAGAUUAGGAGGAGGACAUGAAGAUGCCAAACCUAUUAAGACACACUCAUUUUUCCGUAAUACUGAUUGGAAUGAAUUGGCUUCCAGAAGAGUUGAUCCACCAUUUAAACCUAAUGUUACAAGUGAAGAAGAUGUCAGUCAAUUUGAUACAAAGUUCACACGGCAGACGCCUGUAGAUUCACCAGAUGACACAGUUCUUAGUGAAAGUGCCAAUCAAGUUUUUGUUGGUUUUACUUAUGUUGCUCCAUCAGUUUUAAUGGAGAUGAAUAAACCAUGGAUCUCAGAAAAGGAGCCCAGAUCACCGCGAAAAUUUAUGGGGUCUAGCCUAAGGGCCCCUUUAAGUCCAUCACAAAGUAAUCUGGUAGAAGGUUUUGCUAUUCCUAACUCAAAUGGUCUUCAUAGAGAUGGCCUCGAAGCCAUGGAUACGUCGACAACAAGUCUUCCUAAAAGGAUAAAGUCUGCAUUGGGAAAAAUUAAAAAUCCAUUGAAACGAUUUUGAAUCAUGAUCUUAAAGCCAGGUGAGACUUGAGUGUGAAUCCAGUUGAAAUUAUCAAAAAAAAUAUACGUGAAAUAGGCACAUUAAGUAGUUCUAGUGUCUAGAUGUAGUAAAAUGUCUUUUUCUCAAAACAAUACAAAUUUCACUGAAGAUUAUCUUUAUACUGUGAAAGAUGAAAUUGUUUAGAGGCAUGAGAUUAUGGCGAUGGGAUAAAGAUUGCAUGUUGUUGUUUUUUUAUCCAUAUUUUGUAAUAUAGUUAUAGAGCAGAAAUUUCUUUUUUUAUGGUACUUAACCAUUGACUGAUCAAAAGGAAACCUGAUUCUUGAAUUAUUUUUUUAAUAAUGGCUGAAUAUCAGACCUACAUGGAAGUGAUAUACAAAAAUUUACAUUGAUCAUGCUAGUGUUUUCAAAUUUAGGUUAAAUUAAAUCCGAAUUCAGUGAAUUUAUGGUUUUGAGCAAAAGAGCCUUCUAAUAUAUUUAUUCCUGAGGAAAGUUAGCUUUAUUUCUGAAAAAUAUUAUAUGUAUACAUGUGUAUAUUCAAUAAUUUAUAGUCAAGCACAUAAGCAAAAGUCACUAAAUAUUUAUUUUUCAACAGAGAAUUAACUUCCAUUGAAAACCUUCUUGAAGAUAGAUUUUAGUUAAAAAUUUAUGAAAUUCAAGUAAACGUGAUUGAAUUGAGGAAAAUGGAUAUAUGUAGUGACUUUUUGCCACUUCUAUACGGAGUUGAGUGAUGGAUCUAAAUACUGAUGUCUUCAGUUUCAGAAAAGAUCUGCAAAAGUUUAAAAAUACUGAAUAUGGUCCAAAUUUUCUACUACCCCUGUUUAUGCUUAUCAGUAAUUGAAACUGAAGAUAUUAAAUUACAUUUAGAUGAUAUCACCAAACCCUAAUCUCUGGUGCAAUGGUAGUUUUCUUGUCAAAUGGAAUGGUUAAUGCUUUUUGUUUUUAUUUAGCUUUUCUUUUAAAUGUUGUAAAAAUUUCAAACUAUCACUUGAAUUAAUAGCUUGGCUUUUUUCUACACUUAAACAUUUUACUGGACUUUGCUUUGGAAAAAAAACCCAAAACAUCUCUUAAAAAAUAGAUAAGUAUAGUGGUAUAUAUUUCAAUUGAUAUUUCAAAUCUGUGCAUAUAUAUUUUACACACACAUAUCUCCAAAUGCAAACGUUUAAUUACAUACUGAUAAGGUUGUAAUGAGUAAGCAAAAUCACAAACCUUCCUUUUACUGAAAAACAACAUGAGAUUGUCACAUUAUUAAUUUGAGAACCAUAUUAACCAAGAACACAGUUAUCUUUAGAUCCAUGGUUGUUACUUUUUGAGAACAUGGUUAUCUAUAGAUUCAAAGGUCUCUACUUCUUAAGAUUCUGAAUUGUUGAUUUGCUUAGAUCUCUUCUUUAAGGGAACAUAAGAUGGACGAGAAAACUUUUCGAUAGGUAUAGCCAAUGGUUACUAUAUCCACUUCACAGCAAGUUCACACCAAUCUGAUUAGAAUUAAUUCAGCCAUCAUCACUCAAGGUCGCAAAAAGAGACCUCCCGUAAAACGAAUUUGCCAAUUAUCGAAAACACUCUUAAUCCCCUCAGAUGCCAGUGGCAUCAAAGUGACUGAAUGCAUAUUCGGAAUGUUUAUUUCUUAAUUACCUCUAUACAGCCGACGUGUGUAUUCAUUAAUGUCUGACUGAUUCCUUAAUCCCCUAAUUAAAUAAAAAUUGACUGCGGAAUAAUUUGUUUGGUAAUUUAUUUUAAUUUAAUUUAAGAUCCAAUUAAGAUUUUUUUUUAUAAUGUCAUCACAAAGACAGUCAAUGUAGCCAUAACAUAUAAAUUUAGAGCAUCGAUAAUUUCAACAAAGUGAGAAGAUGGCCCGCCCUCUCUUCUCACGACAGUGAUUUUAAAACUGUGUUUUUUAAGUGACUUUUUGAGUGUGGUCAUGCAAAAUGUAUCAUAAAAGUCAAACAUGAUUGAAGUGCAAUUUGUAAAUGAUGAUCCGUUAUCAGAGUAGUCAAUUGUAUCUCGUUUUCCUGUAGCCAUUGUACGAGGCCUUUCUUUCUCCCUGUGGAUUUGACUUCUUUACUCUGAAAUGGACUGUAAAAAUGAAAUGUGAAAAAAUAUUUCAAUAUAUGUUAUAAUUAACAGUAUAAAUAAAUUUGACGUACUGGUAAUUUACUUUGUUGGUAACCAUCUAAAUCGAUUAACAGAUUGAGAAGGGGCAUCUAACUAUCUUUGUGUAUUAAUAAUAAUAUGGCAAGUGUAGUGUUGUUAAUAUCUGUCAUUAAUCAAUCCGACUAAAAUUCCACAGACAUGGGGUCAUAAAUUAAUUUUCACUGAACGCUAAUUAGGUAAUUAUCUUUUUUACGCUGGCCAGAUCAAAGACAUCACUCUAGGUGGAAGUGGGCAUAAUACCAGUACCCCACGAAUGAACAAAAAAAGUUUAAGGGGGAACUUUUCUACAAACAUUUCUCCACACCAUUACUAAUUGUUGAAUCGUUCACACGUUAAUUGUAUAGAAUAAUUAAGUUUUACUCAUCAAUUCUUUAUAAUUAUUAUUUACCAAUAAUCAAUUAGCUUUGUUUACCGAUGUUUUUGUAAUAAAGUAGCCUCGUAUUAUUUGUUGAUUGGCGUUUAGACAACAUUUAAUUGAAUUGAUAUGAAAUUUAAAUGUCAUAUAUUCGAUGGAUAAAUGUUUGUGAUAAGAUUAGGUUAUAAUGUCUAACAUCGUUUAUCUUCUUUAUAAUAAAAGUAUUCUACAAUUACAUUGACAGUUUAAUCACUCACUAAACGGCACCAGGAACUCCAUGUAUGAUUACAUGUAUUUGAUAUUCAUGUCCAUGAAUCCCAUGCAAUUUUUCGCGCAAAAUUUAACCUUAGUGUGCAUGGAAUUGUACAUGGUAAUAAGACUCCCAGCGUUGAUUAGCUGACAAAUGAGAGUGAUCUAUUGUUAUGCAGUCAUCAGAAAAUUCCAUAUUCGCUGUGAAUUUCAAAUAGAGUUACAAUAAAAGUUGUUCUUAUGUAUAGAAAUGGUUACUAUUAUUGAUAUAUAGCUAAUAAUGAAUAUAUCGACAAGUGAAUGGCACCAUUUGUAUUUCUGUACUUACAGAGAAUGGUUUGGGAUAGCAAGUAUUACUGGGUUAUCCAAAUUAUCGGUAAAUGUGUUAAUUGCUUGGAUUGUCUUCAUUUGCCACAUGGCUUAUUUAAACAAAGGUGGCUUAAUGGAUCUACGGCAUAAUACUUAAACGUUAAUGUGUCGAAUAAUUUUAACCGGAUUGAUGUGAACUUGCCGUAAUGUGUAUAUAGUUACCACUGGCUAUAAGUACAUAAAAUCUAGUUUCAUCAUCUUAUGUGGUCUUUAAUAUAGUAUCUUAAGAUGCUUAUUAAACUUUUUUCUAGAUCCGUUAGUCCUAAAGUCCGUUAGUUGGUUAUCCAAAAUCUUGAUUACUAAUAAAUACCGUCAGCUUGCAAUGUCAUAAAUGGUUGACAAUGUCGGGUAACAAAUAGGGGUGUUGACAUAAUUGUCAGAAUCUCAAGAUCAAGAGUUAUUUAUGUCAGGAUUUGAUCAAAUCUGAAUAUUUUAUUCUCUAGAUAGUUUCAAAAACAUCUUGAGAUAGUUUUUUUUAAUUCCAAAAUAGGCAAAAUAUUUCUAAACAUGGAUAUAUGUAGAUGAUUCUAUAAGGAUCUUAAGAUAAUCUUCUUUUUAAAAAUACAUUCCUUUUAGUAGAGAUAAAAAUAUUUCAAAAAUAGGCAAAAUAAUUGUACACAUGGAUGAGAGUAGAGAUUAUUAAAUUUAAUAAAUUUGAGAACAAUCGGUUUUGUCACAGUGACACAUUUAAAAUGUUUGAGUCAAAGAUUUCAUAAUUCAUUCAUGUUAAAACGUUGGGAACUUCUCAGCAACUGCAAACAUAUAAUCUGUUUGAAUAUCGGCUUUAUUUGUAUUUUAACAAUUAUUUCGGCACAUCAGUAGAUGCUGGACACACACAUAUAUUUUAUGCAGUACUAACAUCAGCAUAUCUCGAGUUUUAUGAUUUAUGGGUCUUGCAUGGGAUAAUUUGUCAUGUGUAAUGGUAAUGUACUAAAGCAUGAAUAACGUCUAAAUAUACGUAAAAUCAUCAUAGUGUUUUUUUUUUUUUUUAUUAUAUAUCUGUUUUGUGUAAAAAUAUAUUGGAUUCCUUGUAUAAACUAUAAGGUCUAGUUGGUGCAAGUGUUUAAUGGGUUAUUUAUAGAACUUAUAAGAGAUGGUGGUGCACAAUGAUUCCAGCAAUGAUUACCGGUAAUAUCAUAAUCAUUACCAUGGUAGUCAUCAAUUUGUUCUUUAUAUAAUUAUUGUCUAAUUAACAUCAUUAUGAACGAAACAAUUACUUUUUGGUCAACACCAUGAUCAUUGACAUCAUCAUUAUCAUAUAUUGAUUCUGACGAUAACAGAUAUAAUGAACAACAGCUAAAGGUUGAUGAUCAUAAUGAUGGUACUUUGGUAUUGCUAUGAAUUUGCUAAAAAUAUCUGAACAGUGGACUUAAGACUAGAUCAAUAAGUGAUAGAUCAUUGAGCCACAUCCAACAUAUAUUUAUGGUCUGUAUUCUGUUAUUAGGAAAACAUUUUUUGUUUUACCUGAAAAGAAAUAAUAAUAGGUUUCUGGUAAAUUCUGGUCUGAAUUUUUACAUAAAAAUAAAAAAGAAAUGAAGUAGAUUUCUUGCACAAUCAAAUAUUGCUAGAAUUUUACGAGGAAUUGUAUUAUAUCUUUAUUAUGCAGAAAUUAAAUAGAUUUUUUACAAAAUAAUAUAUAGAAUUUUUUUUUUGCAAAAUGAAAUAUAGAAUUUUAUUUUGCAAAAUGAAAUAUAGAAAGAUUUUUACAAAUAUUUAUACAUUUUUGAGAAACAGAAGACAUAGUUCUUGGGCACUUGUCAGAAUGGAAGAUUCUAUAUUGUUAGCUCUGCAAAUUAUUUUAUAAUUAUCCAAUUGAAAAAAAAUACCAAUAAGUCAUGUAUAUCAUAAUUUCUGUUUAAUAUUAUGAUCAUUCUUAAUCUUUAUGGGUUUUCUAACACCAUUUAAUAUUGUCUAACAAAAACUCAAACAUGUAAAAUGUAAAACCAUGAAAUAUGUUAAUUGAAAAGCAUAUCAGUGGAUGUCAUGUGUUAGGAAGAACACUUUAAUCUGAAAACAAAAAAUAGGGAAGGAUUUACUUUUGCAAUAAUAUGUACAAUUGAAGCUUAUUUAGCUACAUGUUUAUAUAUAAAAUUUACCACUAUUUCAUCCUUUAGCACUUGGUAAAUGUAUAUAUUGAUUACAGUAAUCCAGUUCCUUGAAGAAAAGUGAUAUAUUAAUACCUUGGGAGUGGUUCACAUGACAUGACUAGGGUGGUUUGGGGAACCCUAAUUAGAUCUGUUUGGGGAGAUUUGGGGAACCCUAAUUAGAUCUGUUUGGGGAGAUUUGGGGAACCCUAAUUAGGGUUGUGCAAGUGCUAAAGGGUUGAGAUAAGACUGCUAUAUUAAUUAUGUUCUAUAGGUGCUACUAAAAGUAACAAUAAUCUUAGACUAAAGAUCAGAGUUAAAGGUAUAUAAUAUUAUACUAUUUUUUGUAAAUAAUGUGUAAAUACAAAUAUUGUUUUUAAUAAAAUAAUAAAAUAAUCAAGAUUUUAAAUGAUCUUAAUUUUUAUUGAACAACUAGAUAUGUUUCGAUGUGUUCAUCAGUUCAUUUCUCCAUCAACUACAAACACUAACAUAAUUUUCUUGAUUCGUGUAUUGUAAAUUUAAGCCUGCUGUAAACCUUUAAUAUUUUGUAUUACAGUGCAGACAACAUUGUGAUUUAUUCUUUUAUAGAUCAGUCAUGUGGCAAAGGUUAUUUCCAUUUAGUACCAAAAGCUGAAUUAUAUGUAUCUGCAACUUUCGAUUAUUUUUUACAAAUGGAUACAUUGCAUGUUUUAUGAUUAGGAAUAAGAUACCAUGAAUACAGAUUAUUCUUAUUACACCAAAAGAUAUAGGUUUGCAGCAGCCUUAAGAACAGGAAAAUCCAUUAGCUGAAUUGUCAUCUUUGAUGGAUUAAGAUAAUAAGGUUGUACUUGUAGGAAUCUCUAGAUAUUACUGCUGAUACUUACACCAGUCUCACGAUUUUUGUCAUGUUUUAAAUGAAAGUUUACUGGAAUUGGUUGUUGGUGGAGGGCAGUUUGUUAUUGGUUUAUAUGCAAUGUGAUAUUAGUUAAAGAUGCAUUAUGUAAGAUUUAAAUAAAGAGCUGGCCAUUAUUGCUUAAUAAUAGUUAAAAAAUAGAUAAUUAAAAGGAUAUUCUGAGCAAAGUUACGAGUGUUUGAAGUUUUGAUGAGAUAGUUUUGAUUGCUAAGUACCAUUGUUAAGAUUAUAAAAAAAAUAAAAUAUUGAGUAUCUAUUUUAAUAUUAAAUCAUUAAAUGGCAAUGGUGUUCUAAUUUAUUCAAUAUCAUGUCCAUCCAAUGGGAUAGAGAGUUGAUUAUGGGCUUGUGGUGUUAAUAAAUGCCUAAUUAAUAAUUUAUGUAAUAUUUGAAGUCAAAUAAAGGACCUGCAAUAUGCAGAUUUCGCUCUUGGAUAAUGCAUCUUUAGUAAGUUGGAGAUCUUUUGACAGGCUUAUAAGGUGUAGGGUAUUUUUAAAAAAUAAAUUUAAGUUUGGAUAUAACUAGAUAUAUCUGGAGAAAAGAAGCAUUAAAAAAAGGGCUAAUUUACACUAUAAAUGAUAUUUAUUUUCCUUAAUUAAAUGCUGAAUACUCGAUAUGAUUUAGAUGAAAUUUAAUCAUGGGAUUGAUACUGUAGUAAGAAUCUUUCAUGGUGUAUGUAAAAUAAUUUAGGACACAAAUGCUAAUUUUUGAGUCUGUAUUGAUUUAAGAAAUGCUCGAAAUAAUGUGAUGAUUAAAUGCCUUUACCUCUGAUAAUACUUAUACUAGUUAUAUGAAUAAUGUAUAUAUUCUCACAAACCUGUUUUACUUGUGGCCUCGUGUCUUACAAUGAAAAUAAACUGUUUCUGUCCUUUA